AUGCCUACGAAGUCACCAUUUCCGGAUGUGGAAAUUCCAGAUAUUGACCUCUGGGGUUUGAUCUUUGAUCGUAAGGACCGCGACUUCCCUGAUGAUAAAGUCAUAUACCGUGCCAUCGACUCGGAUCGGAAGUACACAUUUGCCGAUGUAAAGAGUUGUGCAACACAAUUUGGCGAAGGUUUACGCAAUCUCUGGGAUUGGCAGAAAGACGAAGUGCUUGCCCUUUAUGCGCCGAAUGAUAUCGACAUCCCGCCUAUUGUAUACGGAACUUUGUUUGCUGGUGGGAUUGUCACUCCGGCAAAUCCUGCUUAUUCCGUAGAGGAGCUGGCGUACCAACUGGAGAACUCUGGAGCUAAGGCACUGGUCACAACGAAGAAGUUCUUGGAUACGGCAUUGAAGGCCGCGAAGAAAGUUGGCCUUGCGAACGACCGCGUCAUUUUGCUAGGUGCUGAGAAGGACGAAACCCACCGAGUUAAGCAUUGGUCUAGUAUACGGAAGACCUCGGGAGCUCUGAGAUAUCGCAGAAGGAGGGCCAAAUCUGAGGAUCUGGCUUUCCUUGCGUACUCAUCUGGUACCACUGGACUUCCAAAAGGCGUCAUGCUUACUCACCGUAACAUCGUUGCAGAUCUCGUCCAAAUACAGGGUGCGGUUGGAGGGUGGUAUUCUUCUAGUGAAGAUAAGUUCCUAGGGGUGCUCCCGUUCUUCCAUAUUUAUGGCCUUACUGGACUUGUUCAUCAGGUACUGCAUCGCGGUAUAGAGAUUGUGGUCAUGCCUGCUUUCGAGAUGGAGAUGUUUCUGCGGGGUAUACAAGACCACAAGAUAACAUUCGUCUACGUUGCACCCCCGAUAAUUGUCCGCUUAUCCAGAGAUAAGAUGGUCGACAAGUAUAAUUUGUCGUCAAUCAAGAUGAUCACUAGCGGUGCUGCGCCAUUGACGAAGGAAUUGGUCGAGACGGUACAUAAGCGACUCAAUAUCAAGGUCAACCAAGCGUAUGGACUGAGCGAGACCUCUCCUAUGACGCACACUCAGCCUUGGAAUGAAUGGUACGCUUCCGUUGGUUCAGUUGGCAAAAUGUUCCCAAACAUGUCAGCCAAGUACAUGUCCGCAGAGGGAAAGGAGCUUGGACCUGGUGAAGCUGGUGAGCUAUGGCUGAGCGGCCCUAAUAUUUUCAAGGGGUACUGGAAGAACGAAGACGCUACCAAAGAGUCCAUCACUGAUGAUGGCUUCUUUAAAACCGGUGACAUCGGCUAUCAGGACGAACAAAACAACUUCUUCAUCACAGACAGAGUCAAAGAACUCAUCAAAUACAAGGGUUUUCAGGUUCCACCAGCCGAACUAGAGGGCAAGCUUAUGGAGAACGAGCUGGUCGACGAUGUAGCAGUCAUUGGGGUCAACGAUGAGCAACAGCAUACGGAGGUGCCGAGAGCAUACAUUGUGGCCUCGCAACCCAAGAACGGUGAUGCUGGGAAGACUGAAGCAAGUGCCAUUGUUGACUGGAUGGGACAGAAGGUUGCAAACCAUAAAAGGCUUAGAGGUGGUAUUGUGUUCGUGGACGAAAUCCCGAGGUGCGAAAAGAGCGCGAGCGGCAAGAUUCUAAGACGAAUGCUGAAGGAAAGGAGUAAAGAAGACAUUCCGUUGGGAAUUUCACUGAAGUCCAAGUUGUAG